AUGGGAAAUUCACAGAGCACCACCGUGGAUGAUCUACAGGCUGUCGAGCUCCACCACUGGUACAAGAAGUUUAUGACUGAAUGCCCAUCAGGGCAACUGACUUUGCAUGAAUUCAAACAGUUCUUCGGCCUUAAGGGAUUGAGCCUGGAAGCCAAUGCUUAUAUUGAGCAGAUGUUUAAAACUUUUGAUAUGAAUAAGGAUGGAUACAUUGAUUUCAUGGAGUAUGUGGCUGCCCUUAGCUUAGUCCUCCGAGGCAAGAUGGAACAGAAAUUGCGUUGGUAUUUUAAGCUCUAUGAUGCAGAUGGCAAUGGCUGCAUAGACAGACAUGAAUUGCUGAACAUCAUUAAGGCUAUACGUGCCAUUAACGGCUCCCACCAAGAGCAAUCAGCAGAGGAAUUCACAAACAUGGUCUUUGACAGAAUUGAUGUCAAUAGAGAUGGGGAGCUUUCUUUGCCAGAGUUUGUAGAAGGAGCCAAGAAAGAUGAUGAGUUUUGUCAGGUGAUGAUGAAGAGUCUUGAUCUCAGUCACAUUGUGGCAAUGAUUCAUAAUCGAAGACACAGUGUGUGA